UGAUUUCAUUCAUGGACUUUUGCUUGCUUUAUUGUGGGUUUAUUUGGGUUUUGAUUCUGAUGCAAUUUUUUUUUUUCUAAUCCUUUUGUUUCCCCAUCUGGAUUUCAUUUGAUCGUUACCCAGUUGGAUUUAAUUUCAUUAUGGUGCAGUCAUGCAUCAUAAUCUUUGCUCAUAAACUGUAGUUCUGUUGUUAUUAAUUUGGGAUUAUUGUUCGGUUUAGAGUCGGAUUCCAUCUGUAAACGUUACUCGGAGAAUGGGAAAAGCUGUUUGUCUGUAAAUUUUUUUAGAACUUUCACGAUUGUUUGUGGUAAUAUUCAACGGCUUGUAUAUCUUUUCGUGCGAGUUGGAAGAGUUGAUGGAAAUGAAAAGAGAUAAAAUUAUGUACAGUAUGAUCAGCUAACCCAGCUGGGAAAAAUUGCACCCAUAUCAUCACCGGAUUGUUUUGAUAUGCAGGAACAUAUCAUAGCAUCGUUGGCAGAGGAUCGAGAAUCAACUUGUUGGGGUUGUGGGCUGCGCCUCUUGCUCCCAUCAGGUGCAUCUACUUUCAAGUGUGGUUGGUGUGGAGCCAUAACACUUCAAACUGCACAGAAGCAAAAAGACAAUUCCUUAAAGUGGAGGUGGUUGCGAGACCGGGGUUUUGUGUGUGUCCUACUUGUAUUCAUACUUUUUGUGAUAUGUGGUGGUGUAUGGGCCGUAUAUCCCGUUGUUUUCUCAGUCAGCCAAUUUUGUGGAAUUUUCCACUCCAUUGUGACCAUGGUUUUGGCUGUAGCCACCCUUUCUUCGUUCAGUCUUGCUGCAUUUAGAUCUCCCGGAACACCUCCAAAUGUCAUAUGGGGCAGCUAUCCACUUGUAGAGAAGGGUGACCUUGAAAACUAUACCUUCUGUAACUACUGCUCGAAGCCGAAGUCACGUAGAACUCAUCAUUGCCGCUCCUGUGGUAUGUGUGUUUUGGACAUGGACCACCAUUGCCCAUUUAUAGGGAACUGUGUUGGUGCAGGAAAUCAUAAACACUUCAUUAUGUUCCUUAUUUCAGCUAUUGUGAGUACAAUUUAUGUUUCAAUCAUGGCUGUAUACUCGCUUUGGCAUAUAUGGCCACCGUUAUCGGUCCACGAGUUGGGUCGCCUGAAUGGUUCUGGAAGCAAGUUCGGUUGGAGUCUUUCAAAGGAAAUCAUUCAUGCUGUUCUGAGAUCCACAACGCUACUGUCUAUCAGAGGGUUCAUCCUUAUUUAUCUCUUUAUCUCAAGUUUCUCACUUCAAAUUGGAUUGGCAGUGCUUCUAUGCCAACAGCUAUGGUACAUCUACGAAGGGAAAACUUAUUUGAGUCACAUAAGUUCACAGGGUGAUGAUGGAGAGAAGGAUUGCCAAAAUCUUCUCCGCUUCUUUGGCUGCCCAUCGGUUUCUUUCUCCCGACACUUGCCGAUCUUUCGGAGCUCAAAAAAAAGACACGAGAAGUAAACAAAAGUAGUGUAAUGGUAAUCACUGUAUCCCAUAUUUGACCAAUAUAAUGAUCAUGAACUGCAUUUUUUGGGUA